GAGGCAGACGGAGGAGCCGAGUUCACGAGCUUUUGAUUUCUCUUCUUAGAACCAUAAAAAAAGAAGAAGGGGAAGGGAACAAAGGAAGAAGAACCUCAAGAACCCCACUGUUGUUAGGUUACCGAAUUCACGGGCCACAAACAAAAAAAAACUGUCCUUUCCUUUUUUUUCCUUCUUCUCCCCUUCUCUUUGUUGUGCUUUGCAGUCUCUUUCUCACACCCACCUACCUCAUCAUCAUCCUAAGCACCACCAUCUUGCCCUCUCCUUCCUUCUUCUUCUCCCAAUCUCUACGGUCCAAAUUUCACCACGUUAUUGCCGUCAUCUGGAAACUUUCCAGCUCAGUCUUACAUUUUUUUUCGCUUCACGGCAACACACAGCGAUGUCGUGGUCGCAGUAAUGUUGGGUCUCUGUUAGGUAGCCGAAUCGUUUUGUGUGUAAUGAUGCUCUGAUCUCUUCUGAAAACGAGCUGAAGCCGCGCAGAGGGAGAGAGAGAGAGCGAGAGUGAGAGGGUGGAGAAAUGGAUCGUCAAGCGGCGGCUGUGGGGCAGGGGAUGGACAUGCCGAUCAUGCACGACAGCGACCGAUACGAGCUCGUGAAGGAUAUCGGGUCGGGUAAUUUCGGUGUGGCCCGGUUGAUGAGGGACAAGCAGACCAAUGAGCUUGUUGCUGUCAAAUAUAUCGAGAGAGGUGAGAAGAUUGAUGAGAAUGUUAAAAGGGAGAUAAUCAACCACAGGUCAUUAAGACACCCCAAUAUCGUAAGAUUCAAAGAGGUUAUAUUGACACCAACCCAUCUGGCUAUUGUUAUGGAAUAUGCAUCUGGUGGAGAAUUGUUUGAGCGAAUUUGCAAUGCAGGCCGAUUCAGUGAAGACGAGGCAAGGUUUUUCUUCCAGCAACUCAUUUCAGGAGUUAGCUACUGCCAUGCUAUGCAAGUCUGUCACCGGGAUUUGAAGUUGGAGAAUACGUUGUUGGAUGGCAGCCCGGCACCUCGCCUAAAGAUAUGCGAUUUCGGGUAUUCCAAGUCCUCAGUGUUGCACUCACAGCCAAAAUCGACGGUUGGAACCCCCGCUUAUAUUGCUCCGGAGGUUUUACUAAAGAAAGAAUAUGAUGGGAAGAUAGCAGAUGUUUGGUCUUGCGGGGUAACUUUAUAUGUUAUGCUGGUUGGAGCUUAUCCUUUCGAAGAUCCCGAGGAACCUAAAAACUUCAGGAAGACAAUACAACGAAUCCUGAAUGUUAGGUACUCGAUUCCCGAUUACGUUCACAUAUCUCCCGAUUGUCGCCACUUGAUAUCCCGAAUAUUCGUGGCUGAUCCCGCCAAGAGGAUAACCAUUCCGGAGAUAAGGAACCACGAAUGGUUUCUGAAGAAUCUACCAGCAGAUCUGAUGGAUGACAACACGAUGAACAACCAGUUUGAUGAAGCGGAUCAACCGAGGCAAAGCAUCGACGAGAUCAUGCAGAUCAUCGCCGAGGCCACAGUCCCUGCAGCCGGGACUCAGUGUCUGAACCAAUACCUAACAGAAAAUGGAAGCUUGGACAUUGACGACGAAAUGGAAGAAGAUCUUGAGAGUGAUCCCGACGAUCUUGACAUCGACAGCAGCGGAGAGAUAGUUUACGCCAUGUGAUCAUAUGAUGGAGGAGGAAGAAGAAUAAGAAUAAGGCUUUGACUCUUUACCGUUUUUAUCCUUUUUUUUUUUAAAAUCUCGUUACAGUUAAAUCUCCUCUCUCUUGCUAUGCUUUGAAACACACUGACAAGUUCCAAUGUGUUACAAAGACAAAACAAGAAGUGAGUUGACUAUGUCAAGCUCAACAUUCUUGUUCGGAGUUUCUCGGUCGGUACGGACGUUCAUGUUCGUACCUCCGGACAAUUUCAACAUUCUUUGAUUCUC